AUGGAGGAAUAUCUGGGUGAAUUCUCCACCACAUCGUCCAUACAAGCUCUGUGUACUCUGCUUCACAACCCUUCAGAAGAGGAGGAGGAGGAGGAAAUCGAAAGUCACUGUCCUUCCUCUUCUGCGUUUGCUGGGCCCGGGGACAUUGGAUCUGUAAAAAAGCUGCAACAAAACAUUUCCACUUCUGAGACAGAAAAAGAUGACAAGGAUAUUUGGAAAGAGUCAGAAGUCCAAGAAGGGGCAGAAUUCGAUGAUUUUUUGGAUCCGAGAGAAAAACCAGAAUUUGAAAUACUUUUUAAGCAAAGAGUUAGUUCUGAAGAUCUCUUUUUGGGCCUGAGUCGAAAAGACCCGUCAACUGCUUGCUGUGAGGAUAUGGUGAUCCGUAUCCAGCUUCCUGACACAAAGGUCUCUGAUGUUUCACUUGAUGUAAAGAAAACGCACAUAAACCUCUGUACUCCCAAAUAUAAGCUCGGGCUGCAUCUCCCCCAUGCGGUAAAUGAACAAUCAGGACAAGCCAAAUUCCUGGCUGAUACAGGAACCCUGGAGCUGACCCUCCCCAUGGCACGGGACCUCGACUUCAUCAACUUUGCAUAG